AUGCAGUAUCGACUACCUCUCAUCACUUUGGCGGCGAUUACUUUGGUAACGGCGAGUCCCGUUGUGACCAAGAGAGAUAUCACAGACAUUGAAAUUCUCAAUUAUGCCUUGACACUCGAGCAUCUCGAAGACAAGUUCUACCGAGAAGGUCUGGCGAACUACACCCAGGCAGACUUCGUCGCAGCUGGGUUCGCUGACCCAUUUUAUGCCAACCUCAAGGAGAUCUCGUAUGAUGAGACUACCCACGUUGGCUUCCUCACCAAAGCUCUGGGAGAUGCCGCGGUCAAGGAAUGUACAUACUCGUUCCCGUCGACGGAUCCGAAAUCCUUUGUGGCCUUAGCAAGCGUUCUUGAGGGCGUGGGAGUCAGUGCAUAUCUAGGUGCAGCGGCAUCUAUUGCUAUGCCAGACUAUCUCACAGCAGCAGGGUCAAUCUUGACCGUCGAAGCCAGACACAAUGCAUAUAUCCGCGCCGCUAAAGCCCAAGCACCAUUCCCUUCUCCAUUCGACGCACCUUUGACCUUCAACGAGGUCUACACCUUAGCAGCAGGGUUCAUCGUAUCAUGCCCUUCUACCAACGGCGCACUACCAUUCAAAGCUUUCCCUGGCAUCACGCUCGUCACGACUGGACCUCUCGCAGCAGGCACCGAAAUCGUCCUCCAGACCCCAGGAUAUGUCCUCCAAGGUGCUGACGGAUCAUCUAAUCUUUAUGCUGCAUUUAUAAUGGUCACCGGUGGUGUGUUUGCUGAGGCUAUCGGCAUCGACGGUGGUUUCAAGGUCGUCAUUCCAGAAGGCGUCAAUGGCCAGGUCUAUGUUGUGUUGACGGGUUGCUCUGAAGGCCCCAUUACCGACGACAAUGUUGGUGCUGGGCCAGCCAUUCUGGAGAUUACGAAUCCUUAUCCUACUGUUGUAUGA